AUGACCAGCACAGUGCUAGCCGAAGAUGUUGAGGACCACGAGACCAAGGUAUGGUGCUGCUUGGUUGAUGACACGUUUCGCCUUGCCCGGUGCAGGGAGCUGCUGGCCACAGAUUCCAGCUUCCCCGGAGCGUUGCUGGCACCGGCUGGUGUUUAUUUGCCCGUGAAUGGUGUUCCUGAGAGCUGCUCGGCUGUACCACGUCCAGGGGGAGGGAGGUGCUGGCAAUCUGGCCAGCCUUCUCCAGGCACGUGGCUUCCUGCUGCCCUUUGUCCCAACAUCCCACCUCCGUCAGGUAGCCUGGACCUCAUCCUACGCACCCUUUGUGGCAUCUACAGAGUGGGCCAGUUUGCCAGCCCCCUGAGCCGGGCAGCCGGGCAGCCACGAGUUACCCUGCUGCCAGGGCUCAAUGGGAGUGACCUAAGAUACCAUGAUGUGGGCGGCCACAAGCCAGAGAGCCCAGAGAGGUCACCAUGUGUGGCUGGUAUCAUUCCUGUCAUCUAUUACAGUGUCCUACUGAGCCUGAGCCUGCCUGUCAACCUCCUGACCACGGUGGCCCUGGCCCGUCUCGCUGCCAGGACCAGGAAGCCCUCCUACCACUACCUCCUGGCUCUCACAGCUUCAGAUAUCGUCACGCAAGUGGUCAUCGUGUUUGUGGGCUUCCUCCUGCAGGGAGCCGUGCUGGCCCGCCGGGUGCCCCAGGCUGUGGUGCGCACCGCUAACAUCCUGGAGUUUGCUGCCAAUCACGCCUCAGUGUGGAUUGCAGUCUUGCUCACAGUGGACCGCUACAACGCCCUGUGCCGCCCCCUGCGCCAUCGGGCCUCCUCAUCCCCAGGCAGGACCCACCGCGCCAUUGCCGCCGUCUUCAGCACUGCGCUGCUGACUGGCAUCCCGUUCUACUGGUGGCUGGAUGUGUGGAGGGACGCGGACCCCCCCAGCACUAUGGACAAACUCCUCAAGUGGGCCCACUGUCUCGUUGUCUACUUCAUCCCCUGCAGUGUCUUCCUGGUCACCAACUCAGCCAUCAUCCUCCGGCUCCGGAAGAGGAGUCAGAGAGGGCUGCAACCCUGGAUGAGCAAGAGCACAGCCAUCCUCCUGGGUGUCACCUCCCUCUUUGCCCUCCUUUGGGCACCGCGCAUCUGUGUCAUGCUGUACCACCUGUAUGUGGCCCCCGUUCACCGGGACUGGAGGGUCCACCUGGCCUUGGACGUAGCCAACAUGGUGGCCAUGCUCAACACAGCUGUCAACUUUGGUCUCUGUUGCUUCAUCAGCAAGACUUUCAGGGCCACGGUCCGUCAGGUCAUCCGUGACGCCCACGUGCCUUGUACCUCAAAGUCACAGCCGAAGGGCACGGUGGUGGAGCUUGUGUUGAAGUCUGUAGGGGGAGAGUUGUAG